AAAAAGGUAAUUUCAACAAUUACCAGGUACAGUUUGUGAAACUAACACAUAAAAUGUUUAUAUCAAAGUUUUUGUUAUUAAUCGUAGGUUUAUCCUGUAUAUCUUAUAAUAGUGCAAAGGAAUCACGGUUGAGGGUGGUGCUGUAUUACGAGGGACUCUGCCCCUUCUGUCAUGAAUUUAUAUUGGAGCAGCUGUAUCCAGGAUACCAACAAUUAGAAGACUCGAUCCUUGUAGAUUUGGUCCCUUUUGGAAAAUCUUCUGCAACUAAGACUGAUGAUGGUUGGCAAUGGGAAUGUCAACAUGGACCAUUAGAGUGCUAUAUUAACAAAGUUGAUGCCUGCCUUAUCAGUUUAACACCCACCCAGUCGCAAUUGCUAAGUUUUGUUAAUUGUCAUUCAAAAAAUACAAGCAUGGAAUUAACCUUCGAUGAAACUGAAUAUAUAAUUAAACAGUGUGCCGAAGACAAUAAGUUAUCAUAUGAUGAUAUUAAUACAUGUGUCAAAGAUGGUAGAGCUGAUACACUUCUUCUCGCUCUUCAAGACAGACAAAGCAAGCUCCAUCCCCCACUCCAAUAUGUCCCCAAUAUAAGAUUUAAUGAUAUUUAUAAUCCACAACUAGAGGAUAUUGCUAAUGAAGAUUUUGUAUAUGCAGUUUGUAGUUUACUUAAUGGCACUAAGCCAAGUGCAUGUGAUGGAAAAUUCAAAAAUGUUAUGCAUUUAAACAAACCCAACCCAACAUGUUAAUUGUACAAUUGAAUGCAAGGCAAACACGUUAUAACCGUAUCUUCUAUUUCAUUUUUAAAUAAACCUAUUAAAUUUUAUUAAAUA